UGGCGGAGGGUGUAAACACAGCAGUGAAACAGGCUGUGCAGAUUUAUUUAAAAUGACGACUGUUGACUGUGAGCGCUUGGACAGCCUGGAAGGAUGGGUCGCGAUAAAAAGUAACAUAUUUGAAGAAACCGAGACCUUUAAACUCGGUUUCAUCGUACAAUGGAAUGUGAUCGAGAGCAAGUUUGCUGUCACUUGUCACAACAGGACACUUCAGCGGCAGAGACGGAAAGAGGAGCUGGCUUUAGGGGAUACCGAGACCAGCUGGGCCGGACUCUUCUCGGUGAAUGAUCUCAAAAAUAUCCACCGUCAGUUUACGGGAGUUAGCGAUGUGCUGGAGCCAUACUUUCCCGACUUGACUGACUUCGAAGGGGGAAACAUAUGGGACCUGAUUUUUCUGAGUAGGACUUCAAGCCAGGACGAGCCAGAGAAGGAUUUGGAUACACCUUGCCGGCAGCUUGAAAAGUACUUUUGCAUCGCUGUUGACGUGUGUGGCCGGAAGAUUGUACUCGAUUCUUUAUUUAUGCAGGAUGAACGUGAUGUUGAAGAGUACUUUGAAAAUCUGCAGGAGUUUAAGAGGAAAACAAUGCAAGAAGAAGUCGUCAGGGCGAAAGAUCAUCUUCGGAAGAUCCUCCAGCAACACAAAACAGCUGACAAGCUGGUUCUCCUCUUAAAGAUCUAUGAAGAAGAAGAUGAGGCUUACAAGGAGCUCGUUACCACAGCCACGCUGUUCUACCAGUACCUUCUGCAGCCUUUCAGAGACAUGAGAGAGUUGGCCAUGCUGUAUAAAAUGGAAAUCUUGAAAUUGCUGGAAUUUGAGGAGCUGGGUCCCAAGAGGAUAGCGGCUCUCGAGAAGGAGGCUGAGGACUGGAGCAAAAGAGCCGAGGACGCAGUGAGCUCCAUUCAGGACAUCACCGUCAACUACUUUGUGGAGACAUCAAAGGCGCUCGCAGGGAUGCUGAGACAGAUGGAGGAGGACAGGCGGCGGUUCGGCCAGGCCUCCUGGGCCUCGGCCGCCCCCAGGCUGGAAAAGCUCAAGUUCAUGCUGGCCAAGGAGACCCUCCAGCACAUGCGGGCCAAAGAGAUGUGCCUGCACCGCAAGAAACAGGACAUCAGAGAGAGGAUGAGGGGCCUGGCCGAUCAGACGGAGGCCGUGGACACGGUCGACCAGCUGGAGCUGCAGUACUACGAGGCCCAGCUGGAGCUGUACGACGUCAAGUUCGAGAUCCUGAAGAACGAGGAGCUGCUGCUGGUGGCGCAGAUAGACACCGUGCGCCGGCAGAUUAAAGAGCUGAAGGAGGAGGUGGUGUACUACGACACCUGCGAGGACCCGGAGGAGCUGCAGAGCGUGGUGCAGACGGGGGCUCUGCGUGACCCCAGCACCCCUGCCGUCAGGAGCCUCAACCGGCGGCUGCAGCAGCUGGAGACCAAGAGAGGAGCCAUCUGUUCCAGGAGGGCCUACCUGCGCAACAAGAAGGACCAGUGUGUGGAGGCCCAUGAACAGAAGCAUCGGCAGGCGCAGCAGAACGCAGCCCAGUUUGCGCAGCACCACGCCGUCCAGCUGAAAAGAGAGCAGAGGAAAGAGGAGGAGCAGAAGAGGAAGGAGUGGGUGGACCAGGAGCGGGAGAGGACUCUUAGCAGACUCAGGACAUUCAGAGAGAAGAAACAGGGCCAGUACGUGCUCAAGACUCCAGGCUCAAAGGCGGCCCCCAGAGGCCCCCUGCAUGACGAUUCCUCCCAGCCUCUGUCCAUCAUCAGCCUGAGCCCCUCCCCCAGCAGUGCAGGCCCCGCCUCCACAGCCACACCCAAGAAGAAGCAGCAGAAGCCAAAGGACAUCUCUGUCCAAAUCUUCCUCCCGCCCGGGCCCGGUGGCGCACCCCCAGACCAGGGUUCUGUCCCACCACCACCGCCUCCACCUCCUCCACCCCCACCUCCACCACCUCCUCCUGCACCACCCCUGCCCCUCCAGGACCCAGAGCUCCUGGACAAGCCCAUGCCUUUGCUCAGUGAAAGAGAGGCAGCUCCCUUCCCUGCAAAAAGCACCCUAAAGCAAAACAUAGGCUCCAUGGACGAGGUCCUGGCCUCCCUGCAGAGGGGGGAGAUGCAACUGCGGAAAGUGGGCCCGCCGCCCGCCCAGCCGGCCCGCGGCGCGCCGGUCGACCUCAGGGACAGCAUCCUGUCGGCCAUCCGGCAGGGCGUGAAGCUGAAGAAGGUGCAGCCGGGCUCAGGGGCGGGGCCCGGCGCGGGUGGCGCGGCCCCGCCGCCCAGCGCCGCCUCCGAGCUGGAGCGCAGCAUCAAGGCCGCCAUGCAGAGGAUGAAGAAGGUGUCCUCGGACUCCGACGAGGAGGAGGACGACGGCGGGGACACCCAGUCGGGGGAGUGGGACAGCUAAGAUGGAGCCGCCCUCUCGGCCUUCCUCCCCCUGCCCCCCACCCCCCCCAGCUUGUCGCGAACAUCUCCGAGGCCAACACUCUCUCACUGAUUCGCUGUGACCGCCGAUCUGCAAGCCUCUUCCCAGAGCCUGCACAGAUGGCGCUUUGGGCUUCACUUAGCAUUUUUUUAAUAAGACCACUUUGACUGAACAGUGCUGCCGUACUGUUGAGAAAUGAAGGCAAUAGCACUUUGUGGCAGUGCAGGCUUGUCCUCACGCAGGCACGGGUUUACAAGGUGUUAUGCUGUAACCCAAUAACGGGGUUACCGCGUGUUUUUUUUUUUUUUUUUAAGAACACCAGAAAUUUGUGUGGUCUUCCGCAAGUUGUCGAUGAAGUGACGAAUUGCACUUACGCACUGGGCGAAAAGCAAGGAAAAAGCAAACGCAUCUGUGAUUUACGCUGAAGGCAAUUAUAUCACCAUCAUGAGCUGUAGUCAUAACUGCCAAAAAGAUAAGAUAGGUCAAAGCCUUGAGAAUACUGACCUUUGUUUCUGAGAAAUGAGCUGGCCUACCACAGUGACGUCAAGGUAUUGUAAUCAUUCUUCUGAUUAGUACUGUUUUUUCAUUGUAGCAUUAUACUUAAUAUUGUAACAAUUUUCCAAAGCACUUAAUUUGACUGGCUUCUGUAAUGUGACAAGAGAAGGUGUGAGAAUGAAUUUGCAGUGCACUGACUUUUGCCUUGUUUUUUUUUUUUUUUUUUUUUU